AUGCACAUUCAGAAAUGUCUCAAAUAUGCAUUCGCCAAAAACCAAGGGAACAAGGAAGGACUGGAGAAAAAUCUCAAAGCGUUGAUUCCUCAUCAAUUUGGAGAUCACAGUUUAUGUUUUCCCAGAUUCUGUGGCUUCAGACGUACAUCAUCAAAUGAGAAGUAUACUCAUACAAGUUUACCCUACAAAGCAGCUCUCAAAGAUGAUGAACUACAGUCAAAGCUGAAAAAACUGUUCAACCCAGUUAUUACUAAUGCUGAACAAUAUGCUGAUUUAGGCUCCAGUCAACAGUGCGAACAUGCAAAUCGCAAAGUCACAUUGAUGGCACCAAAAUCUUUGCAUUAUGGAAAUUCAGAGUCCCUGGACUUUCGUGUUGCAGCAACAACAGCCUUUAUUAAUGAAGGACGAAGCUAUGUGUCUGAGACUUUCAAAGCAGGGUUACAGUUCCAGUGUUGUAAGUUUGUUUUGUAUUUUUCAGUCAACAUUGCAGCAGGAAUUUCUCCCGGGACAUUUUCUGUAAAAUAUGCUGCUAAGCAAAUGAAGCGCAGAAAACGUGUACAACUAAAAUCCCAAUUACCCUCAACAAAAAGAAGACGUGUUACCCUGAAGCAGGAACGUGUAAUCGCACAGGGAGCCAAUGAAGUGUUAGAAGGGACCACUUAUGAGUCAGGUAUUGGGCAUACCACUAAUGUAGAUGUUGAGCAGUUACCUGAAGCAGUACCCCGUGGGAAAUUCGCGACUGUAUCAGCUGGCAGAGAAGCUACGGUUAUUACAUUUGACUUGGAGACAACAGACCUAAUACGUGGAGGAAAAAUGCCACAUAUCACACAGAUUGCAGCUUCAGAUAUGGAAACAGGAAAGGGAUUCUCAACCUAUGUACUUCCAAAAGUACCAAUCUCAACUACAGCUCAACAGGUUACUGGUAUCAUAGUUAAUAAUAGUGGUACAAUGACGGUCAAUGGGAAACAAGUUCAGCCUGAAACUGUUCAGUUUGCAGUUGACAAGUUUUGUAAAUGGCUCAGUGGGUUUCCCAAUGUAUUCCUUGUAGCGCACAAUGGAAGAAGAUUUGAUUUUCCUGUAUUUUCAUCUGCAUUGAUCAACAUCAAGUGUGAAGCACAAUUUUUCAACUGUGUAUCAGGUCUUAUUGAUAGCCUACCUGUCUUCAAGAAGGCCUUUCCUGGACAAUCGUCAUACAAGCAAGAAGAAUUAGCCAAGACCUUUUUGCACUCAUCAUAUGAAGCACACGAUGCCAUAGAAGAUGUAAAGGUCCUUGGUAAGCUUGUAUCUCACACAAAGAGGAAAAUUCAGGAACUUGCUAGGUUCAGUUUCCCACCAUCAGCAGGCCACAAUCUACUUCUCUUCAACAAAGAAAAGGCCAAACAUAUCAAAACACUCCAUUCUCUCUUAGCCCAAGGUGUCAUGAAAAUGUCAAUUGCCGAGAAAAUUGCCGGAUCAGGACUGAAUCUGGGUCACCUGCGCAAAACAAUUUCAGCGUGA